CCAGAGCCACAGGAAAGAUGGGAGUGGAUUCCAGGGUGUCUUGAGUGACUGAGCAUGCUGACUGCAGGCUGUCCUCUCUGCUCCAGGGGUAGCUGAGAACUGCUGUGUGGGCCUGCAGCAUGGAGGGGGCAAGGGAAGAGGAGCUGACUUCUAUGUCCAGCCUGGUGACGGUGUUCGAGCACAGCAGGACCCCUGCAACAGGGCCCAGAGACCACCAGCAGGAAGAGGUGCAUCCCCACACUGCGUGCAGGCCUCCCCAGCUCCCAGGGCCAUGGGAGAGGCCAGAUGUGGAGGAGGCCCUGGCAGCAUCAGGGCCCAGGACUGUCAGCAGGAGGUACCUGAACUCCUUGAAGAACAAGCUGUCUGGAAGGGCCUGGAGGAAAUCUUGCCAACCUGGGAGCUGCCCUUCGUCAGAACCACAGGAGCCUGAGAAGAGGAUUGUCCAGGAGCUACUGGAGACAGAACAGGCAUACGUGGCCCGGCUGCACCUCCUGGACCAGGUGUUCUUCCAGGAACUACUGAGAGAGGCCCGCAGCAGCAAGGCCUUCCCCGAGGACGUGGUCCGGCUCAUCUUCUCUAACAUCUCUUCCAUACACCAGUUCCAUGCCCAGUUUUUCCUCCCAGAGCUGCAGCGGCGCCUGGACAACUGGAAGGCCACCCCCUGCAUCGGUGACAUCAUCCAGAAACUAGCCCCAUUCCUCAAGAUGUACAGUGAGUAUGUCAAGAACUUUGAGCGUGCAGCAGAGCUCCUGGCCACGUGGAUGGACAAAUCUCCACCUUUCCAGGAGGUGAUCGUCCGCAUCCAGAGCAGUGAGGCCUCAGCCAACCUGACCCUGCAGCACCACAUGCUGGAACCUGUGCAGAGAAUCCCACGCUACGAGCUGCUGCUCAAAGACUACAUCCAGAAGCUGCCAGCCCAGGCCCCGGACCGGGCUGACGCCCAGAAGGCGCUGGGAGUGAUCUUCUCAGCGGCUCAGCACUCUAACGCGGCCAUCGCUGAGAUGGAGCGCCUGCAGGACCUGUGGGAGGUAUACCAGCGCCUGGGCCUGGAGGACGACAUCGUGGACCCGUCCAACGAGUUGCUCCGGGAGGGUCCCGUGCACAAGAUCUCCUUCCGCCGCAGCGACCCCAUGGAGCGUUACCUGUUCUUGUUCAACAACAUGCUACUGUACUGCGUGCCCAAAGUCAUCCAGGUGGGCGCCCAGUUCCAAGUGAGGACUCGCAUCGACGUGACUGGGAUGAAGGUGCGGGCACUGCCGGAUGCCGAGUUCCCACACUCCUUCCUGGUGUCCGGGAAGCAGCGCACCCUGGAGCUGCAAGCUGGGUCCCAGGAGGAAAUGAUGUCCUGGAUACAGGCCUGCCAGGCAGCUGUGGACCAAAUCGAAAAACGCAAUGAAACCUUCAAGGCUGCGAUCCAGGGACCUGAGGGCAACCCCCCCGAGCCAGAGCUACAGUCUGAGGAGCUGGGUCUCCGUGCGCCCCAGUGGGUCCGGGACAAGAUGGUGACCAUGUGCAUGCGCUGCCGGGAGCCCUUCACCGCCCUCACGCGCCGCCGCCACCACUGCCGUGCCUGUGGCUAUGUGGUAUGUGCCCGGUGCUCCGACUACAGAGCUGAGCUCAAGUACAAUGACAAUAGGCCCAGCCGCGUCUGCCUCCACUGUUACACCUUCCUCACGGGACAUGUGCUCCCUGGUGACAAGGAGGACAAGCGGCGAGGCAUCCUGGAGAAAGGCUCUUUGGUGGGAUCCGGCCAGAGUCUGAUGUGCAGCUUCCUGCAGCUUGGCGGGGACAAGUGGGGCAAGAGUGGCCCCCGGGGAUGGUGCACCAUCCCCCGGGACGACCCCCUGGUGCUCUAUGUCUAUGCUGCUCCCCAGGACAUGCGAGCUCACACCUCCAUCCCACUGCUGGGCUACCAAGUGACGGCCGAGCCCCAGGGGGACCCCAGGCUCUUCCAGCUGCAGCAAUCAGGCCAGCUGUACACCUUCAAGGCUGACACCGAGGAGCUGAGAGACCGCUGGGUGAAGGCCAUGGAGCGUGCGGCCCAGGGCUGGAGUCCCCAGGGUCCCGAUGACGGGGAACUGUCCAGCUGAGCCACUACACCUGCCCUCUGUCUCCUCACCACGGAGGAUGCCCAGGUCCCGGAACAAAGGUGUCCUCUGUCCCGUGCCUUAGGACGCCUAGGGUCUCCGGGGC